CCAGUGCAGGGCCACGCCGGGCGGUUGGUGGUCGGGCGCCUGGGGGCGGGGCCUUGCGCCGUCCUGCAGGGCCGCUUCCACCUGUACGAGGGGUACAGCCCCGCCCAGGUGGUGAUGCCGGUGCGCACCCUGGCCCUGCUGGGCGUCCACACGCUGGUGCUGACCAACGCCGCGGGCGCCCUGAGCCCCGGGCUGGCCCCCGGGCACCUCCUGGUCAUCCGCGACCACAUCGACCUGCCCGGGCUGGCCGGGCGCAGCCCCUUGGUGGGGCCCAACGACGAGAGGUUCGGGCCGCGCUUCCCGGCCAUGACGGACGGAUAUGACCCCGCCCUGCGGCGCCUGGCGCUGGCCCUGGCCCCGCCCGAGCUCCACGCCCGCCCGGGGGUCUACGUGGGCGUGGGGGGGCCCAGCUACGAGACCUGGGCCGAGUGUCGGCUCCUGCGGCGCCUCGGCGCCGACGCCGUCGGGAUGAGCACGGUGUCGGAGGCGGCGGCGGCGCGGCACUGCGGCCUGCGCGUGCUGGGUCUGUCCCUCAUCACCAACGCGGCCCCGGGCGACGCCGACGAGGAGGAGGAGGAGGAGAAGGGCAGUGGUGGGGCGGGGCCGGCGGCCGAGGCCACGCCCCCCGGGCACGAGGAGGUGCUGGCGGCGGCCCAGGAAGGGGCGCGGCACCUCCGCCGGCUCCUGCUGGCCCUGGCACCGCGCCUGGCAGAGGGGGCACGGGCGUAGGGGGCGUGGGGACCACCCGGGCCCUGGGGCUGUCCCCGUCCGUCCCGUGUCCGUCCCCUGUCCGUCCCGUGUCACCCACACGCUGUUACUGCUGAUUCCGGCCUUAAACCCCUCCCAUUGGUCUCAUGUCCAUCCCGUGUCCAUCCCGUGUCCGUCCCGUGUCCAUCCC